AUGAAGGCGACGGAGGCGGAGCUCAAGCUCGGGCUCUCAGCGACGGCGGGGCAGUCCCAGGCUCGGCGGCGGCGUCAGCGGCUCCUCCUCCCGCCUCUCGCCAGUCACCUGGCGCCCUCGCCUCCGUCCUCCGCACACCGGCUGGCGACCCUGCGUACGCACCUCCCUCUCCCCUCCCGCCUCCGCUGGACCGUCGACGGCGCAUGGCCCCUACAGGCUGUGGAACAUUCUCUGAAAAGUGUAAGGCUAUUUGAUGACGGUAUUGCUGAUAAGCGUGUGGCAAAAUACAGUGGUGGCAUGAAGCGUCGUCUCAGUGUUGCUAUAUCUCUAAUUGGUGAUCCUAAGGCUGAAGCUCUAUGCGACAGGAUAGGAAUCAUGGUAAACGGGAGCCUGCAGUGCAUUGGAAACUCCAAAGAGCUGAAAGCCAAGUAUGGAGGCACAUAUGUGCUCACCAUAACAACUGCGGCGGGCGAAGAGGAGGCGGUGGAGCAGCUCGUCCGGUCCCUGUGCCCUGUGGCGAACAGAGUGCACCACAUCUCUGGGACGCAGAAGUUUGAGAUGCCGAAGCAGGGGCUGAGGAUUAGUGAGGUGUUUGAGGCCAUGGAGAAUGCCAAGAGCUGGCUGAACAUCGCUGCCUGGGGCCUAUCUGAUGCAACGCUGGAAGAUACCUUCAUCAAAGUUGCUAGCGAGAGUGACGUAUCCUCCGUGUAG